GCAGGCGAGUGCAGUGGCGGCGCCGCCGGAUCUCGAGCGACUCGAACUCCGGACCCAGCUUCCUGCAUCCACGUACGAUUCCACGGUAAGCCCGGUCAUCGCUCCGGCGUAUCGUAGCUAGCUAGCUCGUAUUGUCGCGUGACAGUCGCGGCGUCAUUAUUACGGACUGGUAAAUGAUGGUGAGGAUGAUGUGCACGUCUGACUCUGAGGUAUGGGACGUCUAGAAUUACAAACACGGCAAAAUUUGAGAGCAUGAUGAGACCGAGAUAGCACCAGACUCCUGACUUUCGAGGUCGAGGCGGAACAACUUCGUUCACAGAUCAGCUGCAGCUUUUUUCAGCAUGUCUUGUCAAUUGUCAUUGCAAACAAUGUCACUCAUUGAUCUGCCAAAAACGUGAUGUGCAUUUGUUGAGCAGGUUAUUGAGCAGACUAAAGACAAUUUAUUCAACUUUGAUAGAAAUUCUGUGUUUUGGACAACUGAUGUACAUUUCUACUUAAUUGAUGAUGUCAUGCUGUACCAUGGAUCUACCGAGUCCAAGAGCAUGAUGGUUGACUGGUGAGAAAAAAAGACAGAAAUGUUGUCUGAGAAUCAUGGCUGUGCUUCUCCAAGCAACACAAAGCCACUAAUUUUCAGAAUCAACGAGAAUGGCGUGGGACCUGAAGUGGUACGCGAUGUCCUUCUGGAUAGGGGAUGGGAGGAGUUUGUGGAGGGUGAGAUGGAAGAAUUUGACUGGAACCUGUGGUGGCGCACCAGCCGCUUUCGCCUCUGCGACUAUACAGACCUGAUGCCAUGGCAACGCUUGAACCACUUCCCAAAGACCAUUGCUAUCACCAAGAAGGACACCCUAGCAAGGAAUAUGAGACGGAUGAAGGGUGUGUAUGGGUCAGCAGUCUUCAAUUUCACUCCAAAUGGAUUCAACCUGCCCAACGACUACACCAAGUUUGUUGCAGAGUACUCCAAAAGGCAGCAAACGGAUAAGGAAUCUGGCAAGAAAACUUUGUGGAUAUGCAAACCCGCUGACAUGUCCAGGGGGCGUGGCAUCUUCAUCUUCAAAGACCUAUCUGACCUGACCUAUGACUGCAGUGCAGUUGCCCAGAGGUACAUCACCAACCCCCUUCUCAUAGGAGGCUACAAGUUUGACCUUCGCAUUUAUGUCCUGGUAACCAGCUUCAACCCUUUGCAUAUCUACAUGUACCAGGAAGGGAUUGUUCGAUUCAGCACAGAGAAGUUUGAUCUGUCUUCUUUAGGGAAUAUGUUUUGCCACUUGACAAAUACAAGCAUCAACAAGCUAGGCCCUUCUUACACUGCUCAUAAGGAAGGUGUAGGACCUGGCUGCAAGUGGAGUCUCACUAUGCUUAGGAACUACUUCAAUCAACAAGGUAUCAAUGAUGAGGUCAUCUGGCAGAGGAUAUGCAACAUUGUAACAUUGACCAUGCUGGCUCAAGCACCUACAGUGCCCAAGUCUCCUGGAUGUGUGGAAUUGUUUGGUUAUGACAUUCUAAUUGACGAUAAUCUCAAGCCGUGGCUGCUUGAAGUAAACUUCAGUCCUGCGUUAGGACUGGACUGCACUGUGGAUCAUAACGUCAAGAGACCACUUAUCAAUGAUAUUCUAGACCUCAUGCAUUUUGAAGAGGGAGAUGAGAAUCGCGGAGGGGAGAAGUUUGUGAAGCUCAAACAAAAACAAGUUUACAACUCAAAUAGACACAGCUUUCUCAUGCCAAGCAAGAGAGGGGUUAUACCUAAGUCUGCAGUGAGAGAUAAACCUAUUCUUGGUCCUGUAGGUAAAGUCAACAAAGCUGGGUCUAAAUCAUCCCUCUCUAAAGUUUCUUCAAGGAGUAGAGUUACGAGCGGUGCCAAGCUAGCCCCUAUCACCAAGGGCAGUGUUCAGAAGGUUCCUUCAAAUUCAGCAGGUAAAAAACACUUAGCAGAGGACGCAGAGGAGGACUAUGAUGAUGAGAUAAGGGCUGCUUGCAAGCGAACACCUAGUGAAGUAAGCUUACAGGAUUCCAAAUCAUCACAAGAUGAGCAGUUGUGCAAUGAACCCAAUAGCUCUCAGUCAAAUAAGUCUGGCAAUGGCAUUCAGAAUAUUCUGCCAAGUCUGGAGGAUGCCCGAAAGCAACUGGACAGUAGGAGGGAGUUGAUACGUAGUCAGCAACGAAAGCGCACUCCCCUUUCAUCGCCUCGUCGGAGACCCUCAUCCAACUCCCUUGGUAAUCCUUCCUCCAUUGAACUUGAUGGUGGCAGAGUGGAGGCAUUAUCUAGCAUGUCUCUGAGCAAGUCGCAGAGUCAACUGCAUCCACCUUCCAGAGGGUCAUGCAGCACGGAACCUACGCAAAGCAAUCAAUACGCAAAGACGUCCAGGAAAGGUGGCGUCCUUCCAUCAGGCAACUCGCAGGGAUCAUCUUUAGAUCAUGCACAGUUGAAGAAAAAAUCUGCCCUGACAAAACCCUUGACAUCCAGAACUGGUUUGAAGAUGGGGGCCAGAGAUGGUCCACCAUCAAUCAUGAGAACUGAACAAGGUGUGCAAGGUUCCAAGGCAAAGUCUUCAAUGACACCCCCUCAAAGAGUUGGUGACUUUGUUUUGACUUUUCCAUUCAACGAAGCGACACGCCGUGCCAGUGCUCCAUCUCUUGAUAUCCGUACGAUCAUCAAGGAGACCCAGAAGACGCUUCGGAGGACCAUCUGCAAGGCUCAGUCCAGUAAGCAGUUGACUCGAGGCUUGUUGCGGGAAAAGCAAGUUUCUGGUGGAAGCGUCAAGCAAGAGAGGGAAGUUACAGUACAGUGGACCCCUCUGAUAUCGCAACCAGUUAUGAGCGGAGAAGGUUGAUGAUUACUUUUAUUUUGUAGAGAUGUUUUGUACCAAUGCUGCCAAAUGCUCUGUAAACUUUCUUGCAGAUGAAAUUAUUUUUAAUUCCUUGAUUGAAGACACUGAUAAAGCAAUACUGUACAGUAUACUAGUAUAUCACUCUGUUUGACUCUUUAGUAGCAAAUAUCCUCCAGCCUAUUAAACUGAAGAGUGAUUGCAAACUGCUGGGAACUGACAUUUUCUUGUUUCUGAAAUGAUGUUGAUCAACAUGUGUAACACUUCUCACUUUUGCUAUUGACGUCAUCGCCUAUGCAAACUACUUGUAGUAUCAAAUAUCUAUUCUUGUACACAGUACUUGCACGUGUAUGUACUUCACUGAAAUUAUUAAGAUGUUUAUGUCUAAUGUGGUUGAUUCACAGUAUACAGGGCAACCAACAUGAUGUACAGCUAUAUUACAAAGUACUGAAAAUUGCAAUCUAUUGAAAUUGUGCCAUUGGAUUGGCUGAGGGCAAAUUGUUACAGAAUACUUGUGUGUUAUUUUUUUACGAAACACUGCCCAUAUCAAUACCUUUUGGGAUGUUUUUUCAAUAGUCACCUACUCCCCCC